AUGGAUCUCCCGUGGAAACGUGUGACAGCGGUUGCUGCCGUCGCCGCGUACGCCGCCACGUCGAUCCUCAAACAGGAAUGGUCACGGUCCUCCUUCACCAGAUACUUCGCCGUCAGCUGGCUGCUGAGCUUCCUCUGCUGGGGACUGUGGACCGUCAUCCUCUAUCCCAAGUUCUUCUCGCCUCUUCUGGGCCUGCCUGAACCACACAACCCGUCAUGGAUCAACGGGCAGUACUCCAAGAUCCGCGAACUCGCAACUGGUCAUGACAGGGUCAACUCUGUGCCCAACAAUGGCAUCAUUCGGUAUCUUGGCCUGCUCAACCAGGAACGGCUCCUGCUCACAUCGCCCAAGGCCCUGGCUGAGGUGCUCGUCACCAAGAACUACGACUUUGCGAAGCCCGGGAUGGUGCGGUACUCGAUCGGCCGCAUCCUGGGCGUCGGUGUCCUGCUAGCCGAGGGCGACGAGCACAAAUUCCAGCGCAAGAACCUGAUGCCCGCCUUUGCGUUCCGUCACACCAAGGACCUGUACCCCCUGUUCUGGAACAAGGCGCGCGAGGGGGUCCAGGCGAUGACGGAGCAGGUCCUCGUCGACGCGGCCAAGGAACCCGCCUCCCCGGCCUCUCAGGAUCCGGAGAAGGCGGCGAGCGAGAAGACGGGCGGGCCUAAGGCGGCCAUCCUCGAGGUUGGAGGCUGGGCAUCGCGGAUCACGCUCGACAUCAUCGGCGUCGCGGGUCUCGGGAGGGAUUUUGGCGCCAUAGCCGACCCGACAAACAAGCUGUUUCAGACGUACAACCACCUGUUCAAGCCGUCGCGUCAGGCGCGGUUCCUGGCGACGCUAGGCCUCAUCCUCCCCGCGUGGUUCGUCACCCGGCUUCCCGUACGGCGCAACGAGGACGUGCAGGAGGCGGCCAAGGUGAUCCGCAGUGUGUGCUUCGACCUGAUCCGCGAGAAGAAGGAGAAGCUGGCGCGCAAGGAGCUCACGGACGUCGACAUCCUGUCCGUGGCGCUCGAGAGCGGCGGGUUCAGCGAGGACAAUCUGGUGGACCAACUCAUGACGUUCCUGGCGGCCGGCCACGAGACGACGGCCAGCAGCAUGACGUGGGCCAUCUACAUGCUGUGCCUGCACCCGGGCGUGCAGGCGCGGCUGCGGCAGGAGGUGCGGGAGCGCCUCCCCUCCAUCGACGGCGGCGGCGCGAGCGUCUCGAGCCUCGACGUCGACCACAUGCCCUACCUGAACGCCGUGUGCUCCGAGGUCCUGCGCUACUUCGCCCCCGUGCCCAUGACCCUGCGCGAGGCCGCCGUCGACACCACCAUCCAGGGCCAGCGCGUCCCCAAGGGCACCCGCAUCGUCAUGGCGCCCGCCGCCACGAACAAGGACACGGCACUCUGGGGCGCCGACGCCACAAAGUUCAACCCGGACCGGUGGCUGCCCAAGCACGACGGGGACAAGAGCGCGGCGGCCGGCGGGUCGAGCAGUAACUAUGCCUUCAUGACCUUCCUACACGGCCCAAGGAGCUGCAUCGGUAUGAACUUCGCUAGGGCCGAGUUCGCGUGCCUCCUGGCGGCGUGGGUGGGCCGGAUGGAGUUCGAGCUGAGGGACAAGGCCGAGCUGGACGAGAGGAACAUGGAGAUCAAGGCGGGCGUGACGUCCCGGCCGGCCAAGGGGCUGUGGGUGAAGGCGACGGUGCUCGAGGGGUGGUAA